GAGGCUCCAGGAGGUGACCGCCUGAUUUCCAUUAGGGAGCCCCGGGUCGGCACUUCAGGCAAGACGGCAGAGCCGGGGCUGGCUAUGCGGCUGAGCCUCCUGCUGCUGCUGUUGCUGCUGCCCGGCCCCCCACCCGCCCCAGGCAUGGAGGACGCCGCCUUCCCCCACCCGGGGGAGAGCUCGCAGCCCCCGCCCCGGGCCUGCCCCCUGCGCUGCUCCUGCCCCCGGGCAGACACAGUGGACUGCAAUGGCCUGGACCUGCACGUGUUCCCGGACAACAUCACCAGGGCAGCUCAGCACCUCUCCCUGCAGAACAACCAGCUCCAGGAACUGCCCUACAACGAGCUGUCGCGCCUCAGCAGCCUUCGGACCCUCAACCUCCACAACAAUCUCAUCUCUUCCGAGGGCCUGCCCGAUGAGGCCUUUGAGUCCCUCACGCAGCUGCAGCACAUUUACGUGGCCCACAACAAGCUCUCGGUGGCCCCCCAGUUUCUGCCCCGCUCCCUCCGAGUUGCGGAUCUGGCUGCCAACCAAGUGACGGAGAUCUUCCCGCUUACCUUUGGGGAGAAGCCGGCGCUCAGGUCCGUGUACCUCCACGACAACCAGCUGAGCAACGCAGGCCUGCCUCCCGACGCCUUCCGCGGCUCUGAAGCCGUCGUCGUCCUCAGCCUCUCCAGCAACCGGCUCAGCUACCUGCCGCCCAGUCUGCCGCCCUCACUGGAGCGGCUCCACCUGCAGAACAACCUCAUCUCCAAGGUGCCCCGGGGAGCGCUGAGCCGCCAGACGCACCUCCGUGAGCUCUACCUCCAGCACAACCAGCUGACCGAUAGCGGCCUGGAUGCUACCACCUUCAGCAAGCUGUACCACCUCGAGUACCUGGACCUGUCCCACAACCGGCUAGCCUCAGUGCCCGCCGGCCUGCCCCGCACCCUGGCCGUGCUGCACCUGGGCCGCAACCGCAUCCGCUGCGUGGAGGCGGCCCGGCUGCGCGGGGCACGGGGCCUGCGCUACCUGCUGCUGCAGCACAACCAGCUGGGGGCGACGGGGCUGCCCGCGGGGGCGCUGCGGCCGCUGCGGGGCCUGCACACGCUGCACCUCUAUGGCAACAGGCUGGCCCGCGUGCCCCUGGCACUGCCCCGCCGCCUGCGGGCCCUGGUGCUGCCGCACAACCACGUGACCGCACUGGGCGCCCGGGACCUGGCCGGCAUGCCGGGCCUGGCCGAACUCAACCUGGCCUACAACCGCCUGGUCAGCGCCCGCGUGCACCGCCGGGCCUUCCGCCCGCUGCGUGCCCUGCGCAGCCUUGACCUGGCUGGCAACCAGCUGACGCGGCUGCCCAGCGGCCUGCCCGGCGGCCUACACACCCUGCGGCUGCAGCGCAACGAGAUGCGGGCCCUGGAGCCCGAGCCGCUGGCCGGCCUGGCCCAGCUGCGGGAGCUCAGCCUGGCGCACAACCGGCUGCGGGUUGGAGACAUCGGGCCCGGCACCUGGUACGAACUACGGGCCCUGCAGGUGCUGGACCUCAGCCACAAUGAGCUGUCCUUCGUGCCCCCUGAUCUGCCCGAGGCCCUGGAGGAGCUGCACCUGCAAGGCAACCGCAUUGGCCACGUGGGUCCUGAAGCCUUCCUCGGCACCCCCCGCCUGCGCGCCCUCUUUCUCAGGGCAAACAGGCUUCACAUGACCAGCAUCGCGCCGGAGGCCUUCCUGGGCCUCCUGCACCUGAGGGUGGUGGACACGGCGGGUAACCCCGAGCAGGUCCUGGUCCGGCUGCCACCCACAACUCCACGCCAGCCACGGGCAGGGAGCCCCUGAGCCCAGAGCGGCCCAGCAGUGUAGCCCAGACCCCUGGGACUCCGCUGGGUCACGGACUGAGACAGUGCCCACCCGGGGCCUCAGCCAGGCUCUCGGACGCCUCAGGGGCUGGGCCGCGUGGCCGGCGCUGGCCAGGAAGCUGGGGGCCAGGGCGCCGCGUCCACACACAGGGAGAGACAAGCAUGCGGCCCACACGCCGGGCGCACAGACCGCACCCACCUUGCCGGACAUAGUCCCCGCUCCCCGCGUGAGUGGAGACGGCAGCAAU